CCUGCAGAGCAUACGGAGGGGCCAACCCCGAAAAGGAUUAGGCUGUGCCACGAGGUGGAUGAAGGCGCUCAGAUCUGGAUGGGCAACUCGUCCAUCCGCGGGUGGUGUAAGGACGUCCUUCUGCCAAAGGAUGUGGAGUCAACUAAGGGCCUCGCCGACGGGUUUAUCAUCGAGGCCUUGCUCCGGCAGUCGUAUCGCGACCUUACGCUCCAAAUGGAACUGGGCAAUCGGUUCCUGGGCUUCAGGAACGACAUGCGGGCUUUGACCGAUAAGCUGCACCAGACGGAGGAGGCUCUCCGGGAAGAGCAGGCGAAGCAGCUUAGGAUGGUGGAGGUGCACAACGCCGAGCUACUGAGGGUGACCCGCCAGUGGGAGGAUGAGAGGGAUAAGGCGGCCACGAUCGCCGUGACCUCCGUCGAAGACUACAAGAAGUCGGCGGCCUUUGAGGCGGACGUGCAGGCGGCGGUGGAAGCCCGGAGCAAGGAGGUGGCCAAGGCAUGGUUGGCGACUCCGGAAGGUGACGACUUCCUCCUGGACUUGGGCGAGCGGGACUACCGUCUGGGCUUCCGCGAGGCGCAGACAGAGAUCUAUACCACUCUGCUGGCCCGCGACUCCUCGUUCACUCCCGAGGGCUGGGGUCUCAAGCCUGUGCUGGAUGCUGAAGGGCCAGCUGCACUCACCGCCCCGGCGACUCUUCCUGUGGCGACGCCUCCAGCUCUAACCGAGUCCUCUCCUCAGGCGGAGGACCCUUCUUCUGUUCCCCCAACUGGACAAUCGGUAGGGGCGCAAGUUGAAGGGGUCGCCGUCGACACCCCCUCCCCCAUAGCCUAGGGUCUCCUUAGAAUAGACCCUCUUUUGUAAGGGCUGGCCUCCUUAUCGGCCUUAUUUUAAUGAAAGUGUUUUCCU